AUGCCGGGUCUGGAAGACAUUCCCGCUGAGCUUCUCAGGCAUGUUCUGUCCUUCUUCGUCCUGCCUGCGUCACCCCAAUGGGAGAUCUGGAAUGAAUUCCGCACUGGGCAGUUGAAAGCGGACCCUAAUGAAGAAGAUGAGGAUGAUUAUGAAAGCCUUGACUCUCUAUACAGUAUGUGUCUAGUGUCGAAGAAGUUCCGCGAUAUUGCUCAACCUCUUCUACUUGCCAACUUCACCGAUGAUGGCGCUCUUGGCAGCAUCGAGGAAACCGUCCGCUUUGCAAAUUGCCUCUCUGGUAAUUCAGAUCUCGGUCAAUUCGUUCAGGAUAUCACCAUAGGGAGCCCGAUUAUGUUCGAUCCUGAAAUAUCCGAUGGAGAUUUUGAAGUCUCCGAAGAACAAAUUCAGCUUUUGACGACAGCAAUCAAAGCUCUUGGUCUAGGCGCCGAGGAAGACAAAUGGAUUUCCGCUGUGAAGAACUGCGACAAAUACAGAGACAUCCCUGUCUACGCCGCUUUGAUCCUCAAUAAAACUCCCAACCUUCGUCACCUGGUUAUGCCCGGCACCUUAUCUUCCGUGAACCCUUUCCCAGAACUCUUCCGACGAAACCCUUCGUUUUUGCGCAGGCUUGAAAAGUUUGGGAUGGAAGGCCAAAGGCCAGCCGAGGGCUAUGACUACGCAUCUUAUGCCGAUUUUUUUGCCCUGCCUAGCCUGAAAAUUGUCAUGUUUGAGAAUGGCGAUCUUCAGAGUAGGACAUGUCCAUCAACAUGGGAGCCUAGGACCUUCAACAUAGAGGAGCUCAUUUUCCGCGAUUCCAUGAUUGACGCCGUGUCCCUCGGUAGACUCACGGGUGCAUGCAAGAACCUGAAGGUGUUCCUGCUUAACAACUUCGACGCUCACACCGAACCGAUUGACCAUCCCAACGGGGCAUCGCUCUUCAACGCUGCCGAUGCCCACAAAGCUCUCUUGCCGCAUAAAGACACCCUUGAGCAUUUGCGUAUUGAAUUUCCCAGGGGAGUGCGUGAUUUGAUGGAUUGGCAGCGGUUCCUUUCCAGCCGUGCCAAGAUUGGAUCUCUGCGCGAAUUUUCGGUGCUUAGCGACAUUCAUCUUCAACAAGCGAUCGUUCCGGUCCACCCUCAAUUCCCACCGACGCUCAAGAGGCUCUUCAUUACGGACUGCAACUCUUCUGUCAUCAAUCUUGUCAAAAAUAUCGCGAAGGAUUGCAGGAAAGGUUUGUACCCAGACUUGGUUGAGUUCAGGAUGCUUUCUGUUGAUAUUACACAACCCGUCCAGCUACCUGGCCAGAGAAUUCCAGAAAACAAAACGCCAGAGCAAGCUCAUCAGUCUCUUGUGGAUCUAUUCAAAGAUACCAAGGUAGAAUUUUGCAUAGCGCCAUUUAAUCAGCCUAGUAUGGAUGAGAUGCUCAUGGAUGCCUACGGCGGUGACUAUGACGAUGAUGAGGAUUGGGACGAUGACGGUGAAUUCGAUGAAAAUAUUCUCUAUGAUCACGAUCCGGCCUCUGGACUUGAAAUUGAAGAUCCGAUCAGGGAUGCAUUGAGGGAUUCAAUGAGGGCUGCGCGUUUGGGCGGAGCUGGACGAGGUGGGGGCGGAGCUGGAGGGGGCGGAGGUAUAGGUGGGCCCAAUGGCCCAAUGCCUCCAGGGCUUCUUGAAUAUUUUAUGCAACGUGCUAUGCAGGAUCCUGACUUCGCACACUUACAUCGACCUUCGGGGGGAAACAGGUGA